CAGUGACGCAUUUUGACUGCGCCAUUGCGUGACGUCACCUACUUCCACGCAUGUUGACGUGUGCCUCUCAGGAUGGACAGGUCUACUGACUCCCAACAGAGCAGCCAUGGCAAAUGGACAUUGUCUAGUAGUGACGAUGAUGAUAUUGACUCUAAGGACAGGGGAAAGCCAUCUACGUCAUCAGGGAAAGCGACCAGAUUUGAUUCAGAGCCACAGUUCCCAUGCUCUGACGCCAGGAAGGCAUCUCAUAAAAGGAAAUUAAACCCUUUAAAAUUUAAAGAUGAAGCCUCUAUAAAAGAGCUAUCCCUAGCCAAGAAACUGAAAACUGACCAGGAAGAAUCAGGUUGGUGCUUAUCAAGCAGCGAUGAUGAAGGUGGAAAGAGGAGAGUUAAGGCAAAGAGGGAAGAUGUGCCCAGAAAACAACAAGGUCCAAAAACUGAGUAUCAUAGCCCAAAGCUGCACACGAAAUACAAGACGCCGAGUGACGAUCAGGAUCCUUGGGAGCUUCUCCAUGCUGGUGAACCUUUUUGCUUCUACCUCACUAAAGUCAGAGGGAUCAAAGCUAAAUACAACACAGGAGCUCUUCAUAUCAAAGAUAUUUUAUCUCCUCUCUUUGGGACACUGGUGUCUUCUGUACAGUUCAACUACUGCAUAGAUAUACCAUGGCUUGUAAAACAGUAUCCUGAGGAGUUUCGGACUAAACCGUUGUUGAUUGUCCACGGAGAAAAACGUGAAUCAAAGGCCAGGCUGCACGAGGAAGCCCAUCCUUAUGAAAAUAUCCGCUUGUGCCAGGCCAAGCUGGAUAUUGCUUAUGGAACACACCAUACGAAAAUGAUGUUGCUGUUAUAUACAGAAGGUCUAAGAGUUGUGAUCCACACAAGUAACCUUAUCCAUGAUGACUGGCACCAGAAAACACAGGGAAUUUGGUUAAGUCCGGUAUUUCCUCGACUACCUGAAGGAUCAGCAGCAUCUGCUGGAGAAUCUGCAACACAUUUUCGAUCUGCUCUUGUAGACUAUCUGGCCUCUUACAAGUCUCCCAGUCUGAAGGAAUGGACAGACAUCAUUAAGCAACACGAUUUUUCUGAGGCGAGGGUCUGCUUGGUUGCAUCAACUCCAGGAAGAUUCCAAGGAAUUGAGAAGGAAAAAUGGGGCCAUUUUCGUCUGCGAAAGCUUUUAAGAGAAAAUGCAUCACUGAUUGAUGGAGUUGAAGCGUGGCCCGUUAUUGGCCAGUUCUCAAGUAUAGGGUCCAUGGGAACAGACAAGACAAAAUGGCUGCACUCAGAAUUCCUAGAAAGCCUGACGACAUUUGGGAAAGGUGUAAAAUCUCUUCAGAAAAAGGAUGCACGUCUUCAUUUGAUCUAUCCUUCUGUGGAUAAUGUGAGGACCAGCCUGGAAGGUUACCCUGCUGGUGGCUCCUUGCCAUAUGGUAUCCAAACUGCACAGAAACAGCCCUGGUUGCAUUCCUAUUUCCAUAAGUGGAAAGCGGACACCUCCGGCCGCAGCAAUGCAAUGCCUCACAUCAAAACAUACAUGAGAUUGUCUCCAGAUUGCCAGAAACUUGCCUGGUUUAUAGUUACAAGUGCUAAUCUUUCUAAAGCGGCAUGGGGCUCUUUGGAGAAAAACGGCACGCAGCUGUUCAUCCGGUCUUAUGAACUGGGGGUGCUUUUCCUGCCUUCUGCAUUUGACGUGGGCUCCAGUACAUUUAAUGUGAAAGUGAAUAUUUAUCGCAACAAUGAAGAUUCCUUAAAUGCCUUUCCUGUACCAUAUGACUUACCACCUGAGCACUACAGUAGUAAAGACAGACCUUGGGUUUGGAAUAUUCCGUACGUGAAUGCUCCUGACACGAAUGGGAAUAUCUGGUGCCCAUCAUAAAAGACAACCGUCUCAUAUUUCUGUGACUUUCAUAAUACAGUCUAAGAAAAUGUAAGGAUCAAAAGUAAUGGAGCAGACACAAUGCAACACUUUUCAUUUAUGUCUUAUAAAGUUGUUUGCAAUAAACAUAAUAUUUUCUUUUUUAUGUUUUCUUAAAAAAGACGUCAGAAAAAAGCAAUAAAAUAUGUUGUUAUAUAUAAA